CCUCACUCAGUGGGUCUAGCGCUAGCGUAUUCAAUGUGUCUCCUCAGACUCUACUCAAACCUUCGCCCCAGAACGAAAUAUCGUGGUUUACACUGAUAGAAAGUCUGUUUUCUUCGUCCGGAAGGAGGAAGAAACAACAAAACAGCAAGAAUGAUCAACACAAUGGAGUGUGGAGUAGACGCGCAAAGUCUAAUUUCGAUUUCUUUACGAAAGAUCCACAACUCCAGGACGCAGAGAGGAGGAAUCAAGCUGCACAAAAACCUCCUGGUCUCCUUCGUACUGAGGAACGCAAGGCAAGUCUACAUGAACGAGAAGUAUGCUGAGAUCUACAGGAUGCAGCAGUAUGAAGAAGUCAUGACCGUCUGCAACGAGAUCCAGGAGCUGAACCCUCUCGACUUAGCCGAGGACUGCGAGGAGCAGAGCGGUGAGUGCUGCGGCAGCGGGGCUGGGAACGACUCGGCAAGCCUCUGCGGUGCGCUGCUGCCAGCCAGCAACCAAGCUGCUCAGCCCGCUCUCCUACAGCCUAGCGCCUGCUCUCCAAGCCUGUCUCUCCGCGCCGAGGACGGGUGUAAGGAGACGGACUCCACGUUUUAUCGCAGCUGUUGUGCGGAAGCCUACCCAGUCUCGAGCUGUGAGUUUUCUCCACUGAACAGCAUGUACUGCAACAAGACCACGGUGCUGGAUCUGGACACGCAUGUAGUUACAACAGUUGAGAACGGAUACUUGCAUCAGGACUGCUGCGCCUCGCUCCAGCCCUGCUGCCAGGGCGCACAGACCCCGGCCAAAAAGCGCAAGGUUGACUUUGGCUACUACGUGUCUGAAAUCGAGGAGGUACCGGAUUUUACGCCGUGUAAAAGAACUAAGUAUGAGGACUGCUCAUACGCAAAUUCAGAACAUUUGGACACGUCGAACAUUUCCAAUUUGAUCUCGAUUUUCGGGUCGGGGUUUUCGGGGUUGGUAAGCAGGCAGUCGGACUUUGAGCAAGCCUUCAACGGACAGUUCUGUAGCAAACAAGCCCUGGCGAGUCUCGGAGCAUGGACAAGAGCUAUAGUAGCUUUUUGACUCUGUGGUAAAUUAGAAACUUUAUGAAAUUGUACAAAAUAUGAAAGAUAAUGACUUUAUUUUUGCAAAUGGUUAUUUAAGCAUUGAAUUUUCGGUUUGUUUUUGGUUAUAAGGGGGAUGCGAAGACCUAGUACAUGUGAUGUAUCCUCUAAACAGAAAUGACUACAUUACACGAGCAUCUGAAGUGGUUGUGAAAUUAUUCUAACGAAGUGAAAUUUCGUUGCCUUAACCCCAACACAAACUGCUAGCUAUCACAUGGAAAGUAGUUGAAUGUCUCGCUCGCGGAUUGCUGUUUAUAUCUCCCAAGAAGCAAUUCUUACAGACCUCAUUUGUAAUGGCACUACACGUAUUAGAUGAAUCUUUACCUGAUAAAUAACUGUUCAAAUCGGAGAGUCUUGGUCUGUGGGUUAACACAACACAUUUAUUGUGACCUGUUUCAUACAGUAAACAGCGCAUGUUGUGGACAAGCAUAAGGAGUGCUCUAGUACUUUGUCAUGUGUUUUCUUCCAACCCUGUGUAUAACAGCCUACAUGUACAGUUCAACCAUCAAAACUUAAACUUAACCUGUAAGGUACACAUUGUGAGCUGUAACCCACUGUAAGACUUUCUAUUUUAUGAUCAUACACAACAGUUAAGUCCUAUAACACUAUAGAGCAUCUAUGGUUCCUCUGAUGGGCAUCAGUAGCCCUGAAACAUGCUGUAAAGGUAAACUUAAGUUGGAAGUAAGUGAACUGUCUGCCACUGUCUUGCAGCAUCAGUUCCUUUGAGCAUGUUUGUAGUCUUUCUGUGCCAGUCAUCUCAUCCACCCUAUACACUGGUGCCAUCAAUUAACACUACAAUUCCCACAAUGCACACACCUUAACUUAAUCAAGCCAUGUAUUUUGGUGACAAUUUGGUCUGAUGAGCGUUCCUCACUGCCCUCCCCUUUAACCUUGGAGUUCCUGAUUAAGCCUUCACAGUUAAUUCAUGAUGCCAACAUUGUUUGGUUUUGUGAGUUUUAUUUUUAUUUUCUAAAAAAUGUAAGUCCUUUUGUUCUAAAAAGGCAAAACUCAUGAUUUUAGCCAUACAUCCUCACAUUAUAAGCACUAUGUGUACUGAAAGGCGUCUGCAGACGUUCUCUCCAUAUUUUGUUGGUAUUCUUGUAUUUUUUUGUGUACAUUAAAAUUGUAUAUCACCGGGUAAAACUGUUUUAGAAAGUAUUUGUUUAAAAUUUAUAAUCUUAAUAAAAAAAUGAAACAAAAAACACUCAACAGUGAAUGUGUGUUCUUAUUUUCCAAUUGUGACACAAAGUGUUGUAGCCUCUCUGCUGCUGUUCACCUAGGCCUAUCAUUCAAGCAAAGAUACAUUUGAUAACUUUCUUCAGAGUUCCUGAGGAAAGCACACUGUCCCAUCCACAGAGACUGGCUGUCAGACAUAUUUCAACAUGUAACAUGUUAUAAAAGUUGUAAUGUGUGGAUAACAAAUAGCAAAGUAGUGCAGCUUUUCCACUGGCCUUCAAGUUGUAGGCUAGGAGACAGCGUUGUAUAACAGCUUUCUUACCAGUAGGCCUAGGCCUACAUGGAGACCAGUUAGUUGACUCGGUAAGCCAUGACAUUAAUUGAGGCCUUAAUUGUAUAGAGGCCUAUCUCACAUCACACUUCACACAUUAUUUUAUAUAUAGUUAGUACAGAUUUAUUCCUGCCUGGCACGAUAAAAUAAAAAUAAAAAAACUCAGCAGAAAAACCCUCAAUCUGUUGAGGCCUAUUCUAGGACCUAAAUAUGGGUUGCUGUUUCAUCACUUAGCUUUGGCAUCCACACAGAGAAGAUCAAAAAUAUAGAAGGAGAUUUGUGUAUGUUGUACUACCUUUGUGUAGGCUAUCACCUAGUUGUGGAGUGUAUUUAAACAUAGUAAGGAAUAGUAGCCUACUGCAUGGUAGCCUAGGCCCUAUAGAAUGCAGCCUCUCUGUUUGGGUAUAGGCAGUACCCCCUCUGUACUGCAAGGCGCUCUCCCUAAACUUCAGCGUGUGUUAUCUCUCCUAUAUGCCACUUGGUGGUGUUCUUCAAAAUCAAUGAAUGAAGGUAUUAGAAAGCCUGCGCAGU